AAAGAAAUGUGAAAAACAAAAGGGAAGAACGUGGAGAUGGAAGAAAUAGGAGUUGGGGGAGGAGUGGGAGGUGGCGGAGGAGGGUACUGGUGGUGGAGCGCCGCAAGCACCGCCCAAUUGGCUCUGGGAAUCAAAUCCUACCGCAAAGGCUUCUCCGGCGACUCUCGUUUCAUGCCUUUGAAAGCCUUCUCCGUCGCCUCUCUCUUCGUCGGCGCCACCGCCUCCGCCGCCGUCGCCUUCCUCCAUUCCUCUGGAAUCCACUCGGUUGAAGACAUCAAGCAAGUGGGUGCAAAUAUAAGGAAUGGACUAAGGAUUCCUCCAAGGGCCCAAGAUAAAUAGAUGUUUUUUUAAAGAAUUAUUGUAGUUUCAUUGCCUUCAAAGUUUUAAUUAUGGAGAGCUUGCCUUUGUCUCGACCUUAACCUAUUGUUGAGUAGUUUUUUUCUUUCCUUUCUCGAGGCUGAUGUAUUUUUGUAUGUUUUUACUACAUGAUUUAUGUGCAGGAUCUUCUUUUCGUUUUUUUCUUUUUCUUUAAACACAUCCACCCUGGUUUUGGCAACACAUUUGUGUUGAUGUGCCGAUAGAUGAUUCUCAACCCAUCAUCUUAAUAGAAAAGAAAAAAGAAAGAUGGUCUGAAACAAA